CGUUAAAAUCAGGUGAAAGUGAAGCAGGGCUCUCUCAUUUCACACAAGCGCCGUCACAUAAACCACAACCACUCACAAAACACACACUCACUGCGCAUCUCCUCCGCCGGCGCCACGCGACGUCUUGUGGAUUGCUGAUUCCACAUCGAUCGUUGACCUAGGGCUUUUCUAAUUGUUUUUAUUUUUGUUUCGGGGGUUUGAUGGCGUCGGAGGAUGUGAAGACGAGCGAAUCGGCGGUGUCGAAGAUUGUCAAUCUGGCGGAGGAGGCCAAGCUGGCCAAGGAGGAAAUCAAGCCUACUAAAUAUCAAGUUUACAGUAUCUGCAAAUCUCUCGUAGCUGGUGGUGUCGCCGGAGGAGUGUCGCGAACUGCUGUAGCUCCUUUGGAACGUCUAAAAAUUCUGCUUCAGGUUCAAAGUUCUCAGAAUAUAAAGUACAAUGGUACUAUUCAAGGAUUGAAGUAUAUAUGGAGAACUGAGGGAUUCAGGGGCUUAUUCAAAGGCAAUGGCACCAAUUGUGCUCGGAUUGUCCCAAACUCAGCAGUAAAAUUCUUCAGCUAUGAGCAAGCAUCCAAGGGUAUAUUAUAUGCAUAUCGGCAACAAACAGGAAAUGAGGAUGCUCAGCUGACUCCUCUUUUACGCCUGGGUGCUGGAGCUUGUGCUGGAAUAAUUGCCAUGUCUGCCACAUACCCAAUGGACAUGGUUCGAGGCAGAAUUACUGUACAGACAGAAGCGUCCCCUUAUCAAUAUAGGGGAAUGGUUCAUGCAUUAUCCACCGUGCUUCGAGAGGAAGGCUUCCGUGCCCUAUACAAGGGUUGGCUUCCUUCUGUUAUUGGAGUUGUUCCGUAUGUUGGUCUCAACUUUGCUGUGUAUGAAUCCCUUAAAGAUUGGUUAAUCAAAUCUAAAGCCUUUGGGCUUGUUGAAGAAAAUGAAUUGGGUGUUGCAACAAGGCUUGCAUGUGGGGCCGCUGCAGGCACAGUUGGACAAACUGUUGCCUACCCACUCGAUGUCAUCCGUAGGAGAAUGCAGAUGGUUGGAUGGAAUAACGCUUCUUCAAUUGUCACUGGUGACGGGAGAAGCAAGGCGGCCCUUGAGUACACAGGCAUGGUUGAUGCUUUCAGGAAAACCGUGAGGCACGAAGGCUUCAGGGCAUUGUACAAGGGUCUGGUCCCCAAUUCGGUGAAGGUUGUCCCAUCGAUAGCUAUUGCAUUUGUGACAUACGAACAAGUGAAAGAGUUGCUCGGGGUAGAGAUUAGGAUAUCUGAUUGAUUCGUCUUGUCAGAGUGCUGAGACGUUCACUCUGUUAUUUUUGUCUCGAGGAGAGGAGGAAUUAGUGUUAGACCCUCUUUGCAGAGAGAGAGGGAAGCUGCGUAGCGUUCUAACUUGUGUUCAUAUAUCUAUCUCCUGUGACCAAUAGUUCGCUCAGUUGAAAUGCUGUCUCAAUAAGAUAAGUGCAGAAGAAUGAAUGAUGCCAAUAAUAGCUUCUCUGUUUAUGCUUUUGGUUUUA